AUGGCUACAAUAGCAAUUGAUGAGGCUGGGGUGGCGAGAUCUUUAGAAGGGGUUUCAGGUGGCCAGCAGCGGUGUCAUUCAGGUGAAGCAUUGGCAGAAUGGAGGUCUUGUGAGCAGGUGGAAAAUGGAACUCCAUCAACAUCCCCUCCUUAUUGGGACAGUGACGAUGAGGAUGGAGGACCAAAACCCUCUGAGUUGUAUGGCAAGUAUACAUGGAAGAUUGAUAAGUUUUCACAAAUAAACAAGAGAGAACUACGAAGUAAUGCUUUUGAGGUUGGAGGCUACAAAUGGUACAUUUUGAUCUACCCACAAGGUUGUGAUGUCUGCAAUCAUCUCUCUUUGUUUCUUUGUGUAGCUAAUCAUGACAAGCUUCUUCCAGGAUGGAGUCACUUUGCUCAGUUCACAAUUGCUGUUGUGAAUAAAGAUCCCAAAAAAUCCAAGUAUUCAGAUACGUUGCACCGUUUUUGGAAAAAGGAGCAUGAUUGGGGAUGGAAGAAAUUUAUGGAGCUAUCUAAAGUGUUAGACGGUUUUAUUGAUGCUGACACUCUAAUUAUAAAAGCGCAAGUCCAAGUAAUCAGGGAGAGAGCAGAUCGUCCUUUCCGCUGUCUUGAUUGUCAAUAUCGGAGAGAACUUGUUAGGGUAUAUCUAACAAAUGUGGAACAAAUAUGCCGCCGUUUUGUGGAAGAGCGACGCAGCAAGCUUGGGAAGUUGAUAGAGGAUAAAGCUCGCUGGUCAAGCUUCUGUGCAUUCUGGAUGGGGAUGGAGCAAAGUUCUAGGCGCCGUAUGUCUAGGGAGAAAACAGAUUCAAUUUUGAAGGUGAUUGUAAAGCACUUCUUUAUAGAAAAAGAAGUUACGUCUACCCUGGUGAUGGAUUCCUUGUACAGUGGGCUGAAGGCUUUAGAAGGUCAGACAAAGGGCAAGAAAAGUAAGGGCAAGACUGCUGAUUCUGAAGAGCUACCAGUUCCUAUUGUUCGUAUGGAGAAAGAUACGUUUGUUUUGGUGGAUGAUGUUUUGUUACUCCUUGAGAGGGCUGCUCUUGAACCUUUGCCUCCAAAGGAUGAUAAAGGUCCUCAGAAUCGAACAAAGGAUGGAUGCUCUGGGGAUGAUUUCAAUAAAGAUUCCAUUGAACGUGAUGAAAGGCGCUUAACUGAACUUGGUCGUCGGACAAUCGAAAUAUUUGUAUUGGCCCACAUCUUCAGCAGUAAAAUUGAAGUUGCUUACCAGGAAGCUGUUGCUUUAAAGAGGCAAGAGGAACUUAUUCGUGAAGAGGAGGCUGCGUGGAUGGCUGAAACUGAACAUAAAGCUAAACGUGGAGCUGAUAAAGAAAAGAAGUCAAAAAAAACAAAGGGCAAGCAAAAGCGAAACAACCGCAAAGCAAAGGACAAAGUGAAGGACGAGAAGUCUAAUGUGACCCUACAAGAUAAAGCUGAACAAGAUAGCCUUGCUGAUGUGAUGAAAGAUUACACGAUGGAGGAGGAAGAUGGGAUUCUAGAAAAACUGGAAAAUGCUGUUGAGGAUGUCUCUGAUGUGUCUGAUUCAGUGGAUUGUGCCCCAGAGGCACUUCAACCUGAUUCAGAGGACAGGGACACGAGUGUUGUUAAUUGGGACACUGACACAUCAGAAGUGCAUGUCCCCACCGAAGCCAGCAGCAGUGAAGUAAGUGGUCUUUCAUCUGUGCAAAAUGGAGCUGGAGGGAGAAGAAGUACGUCACUGAUGGAUGACAGCUCUUCCACAUGUUCUUCUGACUCAGUUCCUUCAGUAAUUAACGGUUCUUAUAAAGGAAACAGUGCUUCCAAUAAGAAUCAGAAAUCAGCUACCAGGCGGAUUGAGCAAAGUAGGGCAAACUGUGAUGUAUCUGAUUGGUCUGAAGAAACAUCUAGCCAACCUUUGGAGGUAGCAUCAGAUUGGCUUGCAUCUGGGACAACUGACAGGUCUAAUGUAACUGUUGACUUGUUAGAUCAGACCAAGCGGCUUAAACAGCAACAGUUGAAAAAGGAGAAGCAACAGCUGAAAAAGGAUGAAGAAGCAUCUCCUUCAAAGAAGCUUGGUGCAAAAGAUGAAACUGAAGUUGAGCAACUUCCCUCAGAGAAGAGAAGUGUUGUGCAAUCCCCCCCAAGGAGCCCUGUUAAGAAUAUUUCUUCUACUGCUGAUGUAUCGGCAAAUGCACGGAUCAAUGCCGCUGGUUCUCCAGUUAAGAAACAACAAUCAGAAAGCCUGAAACAAACUAAUGGCUCUGCCCAAAGUCCCAAUUCAGCUGAAGUUCUAGCCACGUCCAAACCUUCUGGCUAUACAAGAAUUGCUCCAAGUGCCUCAGAGAAUCUUCCUUCACAACAGGUGCACUCAGGAACUGAGAAUUCAUCGACACCUCAAUCGCCUAUGAUGUCUAGACCAUUAAGUGCUCCUAUAUUUCCUGGUCCUAGACCAGCUCCUCCGGUGGUUUCCUUGGUUCAGACCCCUCCACUAUUGUCACGUUCUGUCAGCGCAGCUGGUCGUUUAGGUCCUGAACCAUCAACAGCAUCACAUAACUAUGUCCCUCAGUCUUAUCGAAAUGUGAUGAUGGGUAACCAUGUGACUGGAGGUUCUGUCGGCUUUACGCAACCUCAUUCCCCUAGUUCAGGGGUCAACACAUCGCAUUCGUAUGCACAGUCAGCAGCUCUACUGGCUAAGCCAUUUUUCUUACAACAUUCUUCAGAAAGAGUGGAACAAAAUGUUAACAAAUCGAGCUUCUCAUUUGGAAUGGUAAAUCCUGAUGUGUUGGCAAAUGGACAGCAGUGGAAUGAGGGCCCUCAAAGGGAUGCAAGUGCCAGCAUAUCUGGUAGUCCUUUGUCCUUGAGUGACAUAAGGAGCUUUGAGGCGUACAAACCUAUAAACAGCAGAUCUCAGGAUCACCAUCAGCCCGAGUUUCCACCUUGCACCUCGGGGCGCCAGACUCAUGGGGCAUUAACAGAUGAAUUUCCACACCUUGAUAUCAUCAAUGAUCUGUUGGAUGAUGAGCAAGUCAUGGGGAGGACAGCCACCGCAAGUUCCAGAUUUCAUAGUUACAGCAAUGGGCUCCAUCAUCUGAAUAGGCAGUUUUCAUUCCCGGGUGAUGUUGGCGUAUCAGGUAAUAUUGGCUUGUCAAAUGAUAUGGGUACAUCGACAAGUUGUAGAUUUGAGAGAACAAGAAGUUAUCACGAUGAUGGGUUCCAUCAAAGCAGUUAUGGUUCUUCGGGGGGACCUUAUGAUACAAUGAGGGACAUGAUUCCUCCGGCUAAUAUAAGACCUUACAGUAACGGGCACAUGGAUGGCCUAAUGCCGAGCCAGUGGCCGAUGGCUGUUUCAGAUAGGUCCUAUAUUAGUACGAGGAAUAUUGAAGGGGACAUUUAUCCAUAUCAGCACAUUCCUGAUUACUUAAAUAGGGCAUCCGGUGUCAAUAGUUAUACUGUUUUCCGUCCUUCAAAUGGACACUGA